CCCACUAUAUCGGUCGAGAAACGAGUUGGAGCUGCGCUCUACAAGCUGUGUUCCAGCGUGGAAGACAGGACCGUCGCCCACUUGUUCGGCCUGGGGCGGUCAACGGUCAACGAUAAUUACAAAGAGUUCUGCCACAUCGUCGUUUCCGAGCUGGAGCGCGACUGGCUCAAGAUGAUGACUGCCGCCGAACUCCCCGACCACGUCCGCGAGUUCCAGGCUGCCCUGGAAUUUCCGCAGGGCAUAGCCGCGCUGGACGGCUGCCACUUCCCCGUGUCGCCACCUAAGGUCAACGCCAGCGACUACUACAACUACAAGGGCUGGUACAGCAUCAUUCUCCUGGCCCUUGUAGACCACCGGUACCGGUUCCGGUACGUCAACGUGGGGACGCCAGGGCGGUGCCACGACGCGCACGUCUUUCGGAGGUCGGCACUGGCCAAAAUUCUGGAAGGGCCAACGUUUACAACACCAAUGGUCACCAUCAACGGGACUGCCGUGCCGCCACUGGUUCUCUGCGACCAAGCCUUUCCUCUGACGUGCAACAUGCUGAAGCCAUACGCACGCAAGAAUGUUGCGGGACAGUCUCCGCAGGAGAAGUUCAACCGGCAACUGUCGUCUGCACGUAGGGUCGUGGAGAACGCCUUCGGCAGGAUCAAGGCACGGUUCCGCUUCAUCAUGAAGCGGCUGGAGUGCGACGUGGACAACGCCCGCUUCGUUAUACGGGCUUGCUGCACGUCGAAUAACAUCUGCGAGCACUUCAAUGACGGCAUGGAGUCCCAGUGGCUCACCGAAGUUGGCACGGAGGCCCGCCUCUACGAGCAGCCAGUCUACAACAUGGAUGCCGUGGCAGGCAAUGGUUCGAGUGUCCGGGACUCCAUUGCUGCCUACCUUCACCAGCACUAGAGUGAAGAGUGAAGCAAAAGCCCUUUCGAGUUCCACCGGAACAAAGGCCCUUUUGAGGACCAGCAGACCAAAGGCCCCUUGACCACCACA